AUGCAAAUGGAACCAUGGCGGAAACGAGGGUUUGUCCCAGACUCCGACGACGAAGAGGAGGAAUUCGACUCUCUAGAAUCGAGACAAGCUAUCGACACUACAAGUGACAAGGAUAUAAACCUCGAAUAUCUCCCCGUUCCCGCGUCAGCCACUACGAUUGUAUCCGAGGCCACCCCCGCGGACCGUAUAAAGCCAGCAAGCAGCUUGUCAACGACAGAUCACCAUGACGAAGAGACACCGCAAGGCUCUUUGGAGCUCGUGACAAGUCCCGCGACCAAGCAGAAACAUACCAAGAAGCCCGAUUCGCCAAUUGAGGGUUCUGGGAAGAAGUUGAAAGACCAUCGGAAGAGUGGUUCAAGGAGCGCUUCGAGUGAUGACCAAACACCAAAGCCACGCCGUACGAAAUCCUAUGGAAAACGAUUAUCAGGCACGAAAAAGACGAACCAAUCCGAAGAUAAUAAGCAAAAUUCACCACCUGCUAUGCCAGACAAGUCAAUAUGGGAGGUUCCAAGUUCCCCGCCUGUGAUGGAUUUAUCUGCACGGAAAUCACGACGCCGAGGUGUUGAUACAAAUACAUCGACAACCUCUACACCUACAAAAGCCCCUCAGAAUCCAACUGUUCUUAGACCAAAGAACCGUGACUGGCAAUUAUUGGCUGACACCGGAGGAUCCCGGAGCUCAUCACCAGACGAGCUCAAUGUCGUUGAGCAGCCGAUCACUAGAUUGCGGCAAAAUAAUGUCGACACAUCGAAUCAGAUCGACAUACCAGACGAACCCAACACACCACAAAAGACCGACACGCCAGAAAGGACAGAGCAAGCGCCAAUGGAAGGCUCCGAAGAUGACUCGCCUUUAUCAUCGCCGCCAUUGUCCAUUCAUUUCCCUGACGACGAGACGCAGCCAAGACACGAUGUGAUAUCCGUCGACGCCCCAGACACCGUUACAGAGCAGGUACCUAACGCUCAGAUUCUGCAAGACCUUCUGAACGAAAUGGAGGCGGCUCAGCCCAGGCAGAGGAGGUUUCGUGAACGCAAUGCCAUUCAGAUGCACCCUUAUGCCCUCGAAAUGGCCAAGUAUCAAAGGUUGAUGAAAGAAGGAGGCAUUAAGCCCGUUCGCGCGAUAAUAGAGGAGCAGAGAAAACGGACGAAAGAGGUUACAGACGAGAGCCAAGAAAAUGACGAAUUCAAUCCCGAUAAUCUUCGUUCCAGUCCCCCCGCCGAAGAAUUCUUACCAGCCGAAAGACCUGAACGGCAUCGAGAGGAAGAGCGAGAAAGAAAUAUCAACAUAAACUCUCGUCCAGAAGAUUUGCCCCUCAAGCGAGUUCAUUCUGCCAAAAGGAGAAGAAAAUCGCAUUCUGGUGCUUGGCAUGAUGCUUCCGGUGGGGUUGGAUCAAAACCUCGAGUCGUAAUUGAUAAUUCAAAAACUUCAAAUAGUCGCCUCAGCGAGAUACUAUCAGCUGCCCUUCCUGAACUUCCAUCAAGCCCACCAGAUGCAGAAGGUGCUUCAUCAGCCCAAGAGACACCGCGUGCUACAGAAGCCUUUCGCUUUCCACUUGGCUUUAUACCAUCGCAGAAUACCACAACAGACACGCCGCCGGCAGAUGAGCCCGAGGUACACGAGCUGAGCUCGGCAAACAGUUCUGAGGAUGACUCCGAUUCAUCUCAAGGAUCAUCUGCAGCUCCUGAUGAGACCGCUGAAGAGCGUGAGAUUCGGAGAAUUCAGCGUCAAACGCGAGGUGUUCUUCCUGCAUCAUGGGUUCGGCUCGAAGCGCGACAGCGUCUGGAAAAGCAAAGGUUAGCCCAAUCAAAUGAUAAUGCUGCUUCAAAGCGAACGGAUGGAAAAGGUGUUGCUCGAAAAAUCGCUCGAAAACCUGGUCAAACUCCUAGGACUGUGUCUUUGAUUGAUUUUGGCGACUCUGAUAGCAGUGAUAAUGAAUCUCGAAAAGUGAACGACCAGUCUGCUCGACAAAAUAUCGUCGAAAUAAGAUCCGAAACUCUUUUUGAUCAUAAUGAUGGCGAAGGUAUCAUGGAAGAUAACAGAAUCGAUUACAUGCUGCCAACUGCAUCACGGAAAUCUUCACGCCCUCGUGAGAAGAGGAAGAGUUUGAAGCGUCCCAAUUCUAAGGAAACCCUCGAUCAUAUCGAGAGGCAGGCAAAGAAAGCUCGCUUAAAAAGACAAACCAGGCUUACCAAUGACUCUUAUGGAACUCGACGAACCAAAAAGUCAUCGAAAAAGCGCGCACCACGAUUAGGCAUUCUCGAUGCACCGGAUGUAGCCUCAAAGCCGCAGGUAGAACAACCCCAGUUCCUCAGGAUUGGUACGAGGACUGCUCGGUUGCGCCCUGAUGCAGGCCGACAAAGCCCAACUCGCAAAUUCUUUAAGUUCAGUUCCAAGGAGGAUACGAUGGAUACAAACCAAUCUCUGCGUGAAUGGACCGGUGGGAAAAUUCGGCAGUCUAAAGCCGUUCGUCCUCGACCCAGACCUCAAAAUAAACCUCAAAAGCAAAAGCCAACGCCACUUGCGAGCCUGUUCAAUGGUCCCACCCGAGCAAGACAAGCCAUGAAUAAGACUCAAGCUCCAAAUCGGACGUCAACCCUAGCUACUACACAGCCAGAUGUUGUGAUGUUGGAUGAUGAAGAUCAUACUGGACAAGAGCAGAAUUCAUAUAGACAAGCCGCAACGCCAGCUACGAUCUCUCCGUCGCAUAUUCCUGCUGCUGCUGCUGCUGCGCGCCCGCAGAUUGAGAAACAAGGACAUCAUUGGAUCGUUCACAGAAAUAUGCAGGUCACGUCUCUACAGCGGAAUACCGCACGACCAGCGUACACAAACCCGACAGGCCCUGGUGAAAGUCAAAUAGCGGCGAAGUCUGCGUUCAGCCGAAAAUUGACUCUACUCAAUCGAGAUUACCAACAUCAGAAAGGUUCCCAGGCGUUCAAAUCCAGUCUGCCGCUAGAUCGAUUCCUUUCUCAUACUGGACCAUUUACUCAGCCUGCACCUUCUGCGCCCGAAUCGUCGACUACGGCUCACCCAACAGCCAGUCGUACGCAACCAACAGAGAAGAAUCGACCAACUCGACGUUUGAAAAAGCCCACCCCCCAUCGGGUAAUCAUUGAUUCCGACGAAUCUACUGGAGAUACAAUCCAUGAUCUGACUACAACGGGUGUAGCCGACUCGCCCCCUGCUUCAAUUACUCACGCGGCAUCAUCACAUCCAUCUACUUUCAAUGUGGGGGGAUUAUUCAACUUGCAGCCGUCAUAUCCUCUUGAAUUUGGCAUUGUGCCAUUGCGAGAGGGUUUAUUUUUCCAUGAAUCUACGUUUAUAGGAAGCGGGGAGUUUUCUCGUUCCUUGCAACUGAAGCAAAGAAACUUAGAUCAUGGGUCAAAGUCAUGCACGAUAUUGGUGGAUGAUCAACGUUUUCAAUGGGACUCUUGGAAUGACAUAGUUUCCUCCCAAAUGGGAUCUGUGUUUGAUAUCAUGGUUCUUGAGCUGGAGCGGAAUAUUUCCAGACAGCAAACCGACCCAGUUCACUCAACUUCGCUUCCCGCGCUCGUCUAUCGGUCGUUGAUUAAUUAUGUGACCGAUUCAUUAUCAUUCAAUGACCCUAUCGACCGCAAGGAAUUUGUUCACCGAACUAUGGGCUUCGUAUCUCGCCUGAGAGAACCGAUGGCUAGCUACACCACCGCUGACGAAGAUCAGCAGAGCAAUCUAGUCAAGUUGACGUGCUAUAACCUGGUGUUUGCUAAUCAAAUUCGUCAAAUCGCCGAACAUCGAUUUGUUGGUGUUGAUCUUGGCAAGGAUAUUUUCAAUCUGGUCAAGGCCGCUGCAAUGGAUGUCCUUAAUUUAGUUUCAUCAAAAUCUGGAAUCAGUGGUGUUCGUCGCUUUUUGGAGGAGAUAAAAAAGCCAGAACGACGUGAUAGAGGCAUACAUGAUGAACUUCCUUCGGCCACUGCUUUGGUUGUCGUCGAGCAAGUCUUGCGCAGCUCAGAAAGGUUCAAAGGAGUGCUCGCUGACAUUCAGUGUGAAGCGUGUACUAAAGGACUUUUGCGGCAACAAAGAGAUGUAAGGAGUUUAGAGUCUGCGUGGCAUAACUUGUUCGUCUCGUUACCACUGAACGAGAUCGAUCAUCAUGGCAUCGCUCGUCGCGAUCUACGUUUCAAGACAAUACAUGAUAACUGGAGUUUGAUCAAAAGAUUCAUAACCCCAGUACUGCACGACAUCGAACCGAAGUCCAUUACGCAGCCUAUUUCUUACAAUUCCUACUGCCGAACCCUCUUUCAGCGCUGUCAUCGUCUUAUCAAUGUGUGGGGCUGGCGAGAAUGCAAACCCAUAAUGGAUAACCUCUACGACUUCUUUGCUCCGAAAUAUUGGUAUAACUUGAGGCUUGAAGAAAGUCGUGGAUCGCCUAACUUCCUUGACGAACUUGACAAGACACCUUCACUGGACAUCCAAGCAGGAGAACCAUGCUUCCACACCUUUCUCAAAAUAAUCGCCAGUGGUCUGCGCUUUCUGGCUUCAAAAUACGACGAGAAGAAAAUGAGGGGUUUUGUCUGGCGCCUGCUUCCUAACAAUGGUCGUGUGUAUUCCAAAGAAAGUCCCUUGCGCCAUGACGACCUAGACGCCGUUAGGAAUCAUCACGAUCUGCUCUGUACCCUGUAUUGGGCCGUUCCUGAUGGAUCCAGACCUCGAAUAGAAGCAAUUCGGAACCUCGUUCAUCCAGCAACUUCACACCAGGAAACAUGCAGCAUCAACCUUCGAUCGUGGAUAAGACUUAUCAGAUUCAAACUCUCCACAGAUGAGGAUGCGUCAAGCUUAGAGCAAUUUGCAGAUUGGCACAGCCAUUUCAUGGUGGAGCUGCGUAUGCAGCAUUCACAAGCUCGAAGUGAAAUCGAAGCUCAGAAUAAAGGCGACAAUUCUGUUUCGAAAGAAUUGGCUGAGAGCCUCAUAUCUCAGAACCAGCGACAAACCGAAUCAUUGCUCAAAAUGGGUCUAUCAGGACUCCGAACUGCCGUUGAGCUUGCUCCCUCGCUAGAACAUGCGUACGCUCUGAUAUCCAAGACGCCAUUUGAUAGUAUCGCUGGGUUGUUCAAUCCAAAACUUCCACGUGUUAACACUGUUGUGUCUGAGGCUCUACAAGUUGUGACUGCUUAUGUGAACAAAGAGUCCACUCCUUCCAAGGCUGCUCCUGCAGUUCCAGCUCCUGUCGAUGAAGAUAGCCAAGAGUUCGAGGGGUUCGAUGACUGGGAUGACGUCGAUGCUGUCUUGGUUCAACAAGACGUCCCCAAAGAAGAGAUGGAGUACAUACAACGAGUAUUAGCUCCAACUGUUUCCCGUCUCCUCUCCAACUGCUUUGGUGCAGAUGAUUCUCCGGAAGAUGCGAUUCUCACGAACGUCGUUGAUUCUUGGGUUUCAAUUGCCUACGCGCUCGUUCGUCAGGGACUUCACCGCUGGGAUAGCUAUCUAAGUCAGUUCGGAGACAGAUCAUGGGCCCAACUUCGACAAACAGGGCAGACUCGUAAAUAUACAGCCCGCUUUCUGGCUCUCUGUAUUGAAAAAGACUCGCAAAUCCUCGUCGAAAGCCCUACCCUCGCCAUGGGAAUAUGGAUGUCAUGCUUGGCGGAACGUUCAUCAAUGCUCAAGUUCCAACACUGUCUCACUGAGGCAAUCCUCAACGGAAACCCUAAUCACCCCUUACUGGGAAAUCUUCCAUUUGUGAAGGACGAAACCAAUGACAGAUAUCACAUUUCCCUACCAGAGCUCAGUCAGCGGCGUGUCUCUCUAUUAUCGUGCAUCCUGUCCAAUAUGCGUGAACACGUUUUGCAAUUAGAGGCUUCAGAAAGUCGCGAUUUGUCGAUAACGAAGCAAGAUUACUCUGAACUGCUUCAUCAACUGAUGGCUGCCAUGAAAUUCAACUACCGGGAGCUAGGCGAUGGGGUCGCCGAAUCUGCUCAGGGUUCAUAUGUCGACUUUGUGCAUCGUGUAAUUAGGUUCCUUCAAGAACUUACUAGCGACAUCCGACCUGUGGAUUCUUUCUUCACGAAUCCUGCCAUGUUCCCGCUACCUUCUACGGAUCCCAGAUACAUUGUGGCGAAAUUGAAACGCUACGAGCCUAAGCUGGGCUCUAACAAGGAGAUCAAUACCUUAAUGAUGUUCCUUCAGAGUAUCGUUGAAAGAGCGACUGUUGAGCGCCAACACAGCCACCUGGUGGAUCAAAUGCACACCGCAAUGAAAGGCACAUUUGAAGCAGGAGGGCAUGAUCGACCAACCCUUAGAGCCGUUCUCUUGCAAUGCGGCUUCCCGCCAUACCUCGAAUUGGCUUUCAGCACACCCGCGGCCUGGCUUCUAAGCCGACCGAUCAUUCAAACCGUCUCAUUGGCUUUCAAGGAUUUGUUUUUCAGUAUGGACACCAACUCGCCGGCUUGCGUGGUUUCUUUAGUGGAGAUCUUUCGCACAGUCUUCCAGUCAUGCUACAACGCGCUCCGGCCUUUAUGUUCUAACGCCAAACGGUUCAAAGAACCUGUUGUCCUACUGAUGCUUGCGGAAUUCACUAAAAUGAUUUCUUCCUCCCUUGUUUUGAUCGACUACCUCGACCGUGUCACCGACCAGGUAGACAGCCUAAUCUCCUACAUUCAAUGGUUUCGAGACCUGUUUACUGUGGUAUCAUCUGAAUUAAAAAAUUCUGUCCCCGGCACAGAAUCAACCAUGAACAUUCCCAUCAUUCCCGCACCGCAGAACAACACAUCCAGAUCCGAAACCGGGAUUCCCCGUCACCUUCUCACCUUUCGACGCGCCGUCUUCGAAGACCAUCAAUCUUAUCUCAAAAAUUGGUCAUUUCAUGACGGCAAGUACUACUAUACUCGCUCUGGUCAAGGAUCCAAGAUGCUAUCUCUGGACCCUGAGGUUCUUUUGAUCCUGCAAAAUGAGACUGAAGCGGAAAAGCUAUUUGAUGAUGCCAUGAUUGAGUUUUCUGGCUUUAUUGAGCAAUUGGAGUUAUUCCCUGGGUGA